GAAGGCAAAACCCACGCUUCCUCCACUCCUUGGGUUUUGUUCGGGCUUUAGCGCUCGCCCGCCCGCUGCCCUCUCGCGUGCGGCGGAACACGGCUGCGCUCCGCCUCCAUCCCUGCGUUGCGCUCGAGAGGCUUCGAUCUGCACUGUCUGCGGCCGCGCUUCGGCGAGCCAGACAUCUUAAAGAAGAUUUUUAUAUAUUUUGGUGAAGAUGAAGAGAACGCGAAAGGCGCAGUCAGGAAAAUCCCACUCAUGGUGGUGGGAUAGCCAUAUUAGUCCACAAAACUCUAAGUGGCUCUCUGAGAAUGUAGAAGAAAUGGAGAAGCAAGUGAAAGAGAUGCUGGAGCUUAUUGGAGGAGGAGAAUUCUCUGCAGAAAAGGCUGAGGCGUUUUACCAGCAACGACCUUUGCUUGUCACUCAUGUGGAGAACUUCCAUCGCAUGUAUCGUGCUCUUUCUGCGCGGUAUGACAAUGUGAUUGGAGAACUGCGCAAAAAUAUCCCAUCAUCUCUGCAAUCACAUGGCUCUUUUGGUGUCUCUGAAUCAGAUUCUGAGACACAGUCUUUUUCAUCUCCAGAAUCUGACAUGCAAGAAAAUAUGCCACAGCAGAAGCAAAAACCUGGACCAGAUUACCUUGAUGUUUCCGUUGGCUCUGGUGUUAGCUCUGAUGUAUCGAAGAAGGGGAGUGAAGGUUCUUCUUCAUCUUCAGAUUCUGAUUCAGAGCUUGAUGAAGCGAAAGAGGAAAAUGGAAGUAUUUUGUAUGCCCUGAGCCAAAAAAUCAUUGAGCUAGAAGAUGAGCUUCACGAAGCAAGGGGAAAGCUCGAUGCUUUAGAGGAAAAGCAUGCACAUUGCCAGGAUAUGGAAUCCAACAACAUUCAGAAACAGCUUGAAGAAAGGGAUUCUGCUUUAAAGAGCCCAACAGAAGUCAACAGUGGAAAGGAAGCAUUCGAAGCUGUGCUGUUGGAGCACAAACAUGAGAUCGAAGUGCUGAAGGGAGAAAUGGCCUCAGCAGCUAAGCAGUUUGAGGUUGAAUUGGCACAUCGUGAUCUUGAAAUUGAUAAGUGCAAGGCUGAGCUUGAAGUAGUCUCAGAGAAGUAUUUACAUGAUAAGUCUACUCUUGAGGAUGAGCAUAGAAGGCUCCAGGGAGUCAUCAAGAAUAUGGAAGGUGACCUAGCAAAAAUGUCAGAGGAUAAAUUGCUGCUUGAGUCUCGGAUUGAAGAACUUGAGCAGGCAGCUCACAGCUUAGAACAUUCAGCUUCCGAGAUAAUGAAGCUGCAAGAAGUAACAAGGAAUACACAAGCAGAAUUAGAAAAGGUUACUGAGGAGAAAGAAGUCCUCAAGGAACGUGCUAACGAAUUUGAGCAGCUUUGUAGGGCCCUCAAGACUUCAGGUACAGAGGUUGCAAUGCUACCAGAAACCAUCAAGACCCUGGAAGCCCAGCUAGAGAAAGCCUUGGAGGAGAACUCAAUACUUCAAGACCGGAUAAAGGAAUAUGAGCAGGUUGUGUCCGAUUCUUUGGAGAAACAUUCACAUGAGCAGUCCUGUCUUACUUCUGAUCUUUUGAAGUUAUCUGAAGUGAAUGCUUCUCUUGAAGACAAAUUGUCCUCUGUGGCGGCUGAGUUUAUGCAAGUUUAUGCUGACAAGGAAGAAGAAACUCUCAAUAAUGAGAAGCAAAUUUCUGUGCUCAAUCAUGAUAUUGCUGAUCUCAGGAGCAAGCUUGAAUUAUUAUCAUCUGAGAAAGCCACAGUUGAUGAUAGGUUGGCCAAUCUGCUAGCUGAUAUUAUGGCUCGUGAUGAAAAGAUGAAGCAGGUGGACGAUCACCUGAAACAGCUUCAGUUUGAGCAUGCCAAGCUGAUGGCAGAGGCUGACUCUGCCCGCAAGUCCUUGUCAGAGGUGCAUGUGCGGGUUUCCGAGCUGGAGGAAGAGGUCGAGAAACAGAAGCUUGUCAUAUCUGAGAGCGCAGAGGGAAAGCGGGAGGCCAUCAGGCAGCUGUGCUUCUCCGUUGAACACUACCGCAGCGGGUAUGAGCAGCUGCGGCAGCUGCUGCAAGGCCACAAGAGGCCAUUGGUGAUGGCAACCUGAUAAAUGAACAAUAUCAGUUUGCCAAUGAAAUGCACACUCGCAUGUCUUUGGUCCUGUUCUAUAUGUAGCUUUAUUCUUUCACAACUUCUGCCGUGCAGCUUCAGUUAUUAAGGAUCAUGUGGUAUGUGCCUGAAAUGUAAUUUGGUGGGAUAAUCGUAUCGCUCCUUUGUACUCCUUGGAAUUUUUCUUCUUCUUGUCAGCUGAUGAAUAUUAUGAACGUUGCUAUGCGUGAUUUUUUAUCUUUCUAAGCUAUUCAGUAUUCUGAAUGUUACGCUA